CAAGGAUAUACUUAACGUAUUGUUGUUGUUUAAUGGAUAUAUGUGUCAUUCAGGUGUCGACUCGACCAUUUUAAGUCUUGAGAUAACUUUGCCAGGACGUGCAUUCUUAAGUGUCUAUGUCUUGUUGGUUUGUAUGGGUCGAGAACUGUUGAAAUCAGAAGUUGUUCAGAUGCUGUGUAAAUGUUUCUACUGCUGGUCAGUGCUGGAUUUGGAAUAUAACAAGAUCUAUUCGGGAUCCAUUGUUUAUCUGAGCUAAAGAAUCUGUUUUCUCUGUCAUCAAUAAAAUGGGUUGCGGAUCUUCAAAAAGUUUUGAUGUUAUCACGAAUACCCAACUGGAAGUUCGUCCUUCUACAGAAUAUAGAGCAAGGUAUAUUCCGAUCAGCAAAACACCCACUACAGUUCAGUCAGCACCAAGUCAAAAUCAGGAGAACCCCACUGAACGGCAGGAUGAUUUGCCUCUAGUAGGAACAGGUGGUUCCAGUGAUGCAGAAAUCAAAGAUAAAAUACUUCAUGGAAACAUAAAUGUAAAAUGUCCGCCAGUAGCUAAAAUAGUUCGAAUAUUUACAAGUAGCACAUUUACAGAUACUGAGCAUGAAAGGAAUGCUUGGAUGGAAAUAAGUUACCCCAAGCUACAACUAUUCUGUAAGGAGAGAGGAUACGAUUUUCAGGUUGUAGAUAUGAGGUGGGGAAUUCGAGAAGAAAUGCAGAUUCUUCAUAAAACAACCGAAAUUUGUCUAAAUGAAAUCAAACUUUGUAAUGAAAUAUCCACAGGACCCUCAUUUGUGACGUUGUAUGCCCAGAGAUAUGGUUGGUGUCCGUAUCCUACCGAGAUAAGUGAAACAGAUUAUAACAUCCUAACCGAUGGUCUACAGUAUAAAGAAAAAGAGCUGAUUGAUAAAUGGUAUAAAUAUGACGAGAACAGAAUUCCAGCAGAGUAUGUUAUUUUACCAGUCACCAAGAUCUAUCCUGAUUAUACAAAAAAUGAAAAGCAGGAGCAGGGUCAAAACAGUUUUGGAACAGAUUCAGCGGAGUUUACCAAGAUCAUAGCCAGACAAGCUGUUAGUAAAAUGUCGAGAGAGGGGCAGAGAAAAUAUAUCACUUCCGUGACAGAGAAGGAGAUAGAAGCUGGUAUAUUAAAUAGAGAUCAAGAGGAAGUAAAGAAGACGUGUUUAUGGUUUUAUAGAACUAUUAGAGAUAUACAUGAACAGGAUCCAAAAACUACACCUAAAUAUUCAGAUAUCUCAGCAGAUAAUGACGUAUCUAAACAACUGUUUGAAGAGUUAAAAGAAAAGAAAAUGAAAGAUAAGUUACCGGAACAGAAUAUUAUAAACUUUGAUGUUUCCUGGACAGAAGCAGCAAAUGAUUCUACUGAACAUAAAACUUACAUCAGUAAAUUCUGUGAGAGUUGUGUAACCAAGCUAUCCGACAUGAUAAACAGUGGAAUCAAAGAGCGAGAAGAAAGGGAAUUGGAUUUUCUAUUAAAGGAUAUCUCACGCCAUAUCAUACACUGCCAAAAUUUGUGUCGCAAUUUUUCAGACAGAAAAGAACACUAUCUUAAGAUUAUUCGCGACCACAUACAAAAAGAUAACAAGCUUCCGUUGCUUAUACAUGGAGAGACUGGAUGUGGAAAGUCAUCAUUGGUAGCUAAGGUUGUCCAGCAGUGUUGGGAGUUAGAUACACCAUCAGCAGUUAUUAUAAGAUUCGGUGGUCUGACUCCAGAAAGUAUGACGGUUAAAUCUACACUGAUUAGUAUUUAUCUUCAGAUCAGCAGGGUAAUCAAUGAUGAUACAGUGAUCGAACCGGACAUGCUAAAGGAGACGGACUACAGCGCCAUCUGUCAUGGACUGAACGACAUGUUGGCGAGAACUUUAAAGGAAAUAGUCAUCAUUAUUGACUCUUUGGAUCGUCUGAGUCCCCCGGAAGAGGCGUCAAAUCGCGCCUGGAUUCCAGACCAGUUAUCAAAGUGUGUUACAGUUAUAAUCACCGCUGACAGUCCUGUGGGAUUUGACAAGGCGGACAAACUAGAAAUAAAUAAAUUUACACAAGAAGAGGCUGAAAAUGUUCUCCUUCAUUUAUUAAAACAAGAAAAUAGAAGAUUGACAGACAUUCAGAAGAAAAUAGUUGGACAAGUUUUAGAAAAAUUUCACAGUCCGCUAAUGGUUCGCUUACUGUAUGACGUGGUUGUAAAAUGGACGUCAUAUGAUCUAAAUGACGUCAACCAGGUCAAUGAAGAAAAUAAAACGAACACAGCAGAUCCUAGUGCAAGUAUUAUUACUCAACUCGUCAGCCAUGGGGAUGAAGGCAGCGCCAUAGGUUUUAGAAUUCGAGCCAUAUUUGAGAGUCUGGAGAAAAUACAUGGAAUAGAAUUAGUCAAAAAGACAUUGGGGUAUCUCACUAUAGCUAAAAGAGGGUUCACCGAGAAAGAAUUAAUAGAUCUGUUAUCCUUUCAUAAUGAUGUGGUAAAACAAGUAGAAAAUGGCUACUGGGUUAUACCCGAUAAACGUAUACCUAUUUCUAUACUGCUAAGGCUUCUCCGUGAUCUGGAUGUCGCCAUUGAACGGCGUGAUUUCGAUGAUUUGUCGGUUGUGGUGUUGGGUCAAACAGAAUUCAGACAGCAAGUAUCAGAAGUGUAUCUUCUUCAGAAGAAGGAAUCAUGUCCAGAUACUGACAAGUCAGAACAUCGACCAUUACGAAAUAUUCUUUUGGACAAACUGAAAACAUACUUCGAUGACAGCAAAAAAUUCACGAAUGACAGCAUCCGGAAGUUAAACAACCUGCCAUGGAUCAUGACAGGAUAUAAUCCGGAUGAUUUGAAGACUCGGUGUUUGUGUAAUCUGGAAUUCUUGGUAGCAAAGAUUAAACACAUUGGAGUUGAAAGUGUCAUAUCCGAUAUAGCAGAAGCUGUCAACGUUUAUGGUGAAAACAAAAUGGCGGAUUGUAUGAUGAUAAAAGUUGUUUUACAGAUAUCCCAGAAUGCAUUGUCAAGGGAUCCUCACCAACUUCCGGUACAGGUUCUUGGCCGAAUCACCUCGUCCAAAAAAUCCAAGGAACUUGAAACCUUGCUGCAUAAAUGUGAAGAUGCUGGGUUUACGACAAUAUCCACCAAGAGUAAAAUCUUGUCCAGUGUGGGUCAGGGGUUAACAUGUUGUCUUCCGGUUCAUGGCGGAUGUGACAUCAUAGAUUUACAUGUAACCAGGGAUGGAACCACGGCUAUCACAUGUGGAACCAAUGAAAGGAAAUGUUUGCUGCAGUUUUGGGACGUGCAUGAGGUGCGACCAAUAAAUACUCUAACACUAACAGGACCUCGUGUUUCAAAAACAUUACUCACUAUGGAUGAUAGAUUUAUCUUGGUGAUGACAGAGGAUGCGCUGACAGCUUACGAUACCCAGAAAAGGAUUCUUUUAUCAACGUACACGUUCAAGGACCAUCGACCACCUAUUGAUUCAAACACCGAAUUGCCGAUAAUAUGCCUAGGCGGACAUGCUAAACAAGUUGCAGGCAAGGAUGCUAAACAAUAUGUCGGAUUGUUUUGGAAUGAUUAUUGGAAAUUGCUUAAAGUGAAGGAUGGGAGUUUAAAGGAUUAUGAACAACAGAAAAUGGACCCGUUACAAAAUUAUAAAACUGGUAAAGAGUCAUUAACAUCAGGCUGCAAGAAUUACAUGGCGUGGACGGACGAAACACGUCGUGUACUGCGAGUGUUUGAUAUUGGAAAACAGACGGCCGAAAGAUCGGAUGAGCCUUAUAGCGAAGAGAGUCACAAGAUUGAUGCUAUGUGUUUUACUGGUGAUGGUAGUGGUAUAGUGAUCAGCAGUAAAUGUGAUAAAUAUAUUUUGAUUCUCUCAUCCACAGAUUUAAAACAGCUUCAUUUUAUUAAAGGGUACGAUGAAGAUUCUCCGCAGGAUUUCAGAUUCUUCUCCGACAAAUAUUUGUACUUCCCAUCUAAACGGAGAGUAGUUCUGGUUGAUGUUCAAACUCAGCAGAGGGCGUGGUUAGAUAUCCAUCCGUGUCAUUUAAAAGUGGCUGGUAUAACAGUUCUACAGUCUUCACUAUCUAGUGAGAAUGAUGGUGGUGGCACGUCGUCAAGUCGUGUCCUUACUGUUGGUGAUGAUGGCAAUCUCAGGAUAUGGAAAUACGAAAACCUGUCCAAGUUAUUGAAAGAAUCGGACGACAUUCAAAACACGGAUGUUGGUGACAAGCUACCGAUAAUAAGAUCUGUGAAGUGUGUUCCAGGCAAUGGUAGAUACUGUGUGUUACAUUCUGCAGAAAUAAAAGAAAAGGAUUACGUUCAUUAUAUAUCAGUUUGGGAUGUUAUAGAAAACAAAAUGGUUAGAAAGUCACAAUUAAAAGGCUGGAGGACUACAGAUACAGAUAUUGAAGUGAUACCUACAUCAGAAUCCAACCCAGACCCUUCAAUCAUCAUCCAACCCAAACGCCAACGGAAUGAGACCAAGAAGAUAUAUCGAUUGGAUCUGAAUACCAUGGAGAUUAAAGAGGAUGAUUACAAGGUAGACAAUGAUGAUAAUGAUGAUGAAACCAAAGACGUGGACCUUUCAUCGUUCAGCUUCAUUCAAUCAAACAUGAGUAUUGUCGGCAUACAUGGUGAUGAAAACAGCUUAAUUACAAUAUCUAUAGAAGAUAAAAAGUCAGAACGUUAUGUCGAUAGAUGCUCCGGAUACUGGGUUAACAAGCAGGAGACGAUACUUGUUGCUGAAACAUCAAGCAAAUCUAUGAUAGAAGUCUUUGAAAUAAAAGAAGGCAAAAUUGAUAAAGUUUCGACAAAAUUGAAGAAGUGUGACAUGUGCAGCGAAAUGCAAGAAACAAAGUUAAAGGGAGGCGAUUUCGACCUCCUGUCUAUUUCUGAGGACGGGCAAUUUAUCAUUUUCCUUGUUAAAGUCCUUAAAAUCAUUGUAUAUGAUCGUCUUAAUGAUAAAACAGUUUCCCCAGAAUUGUGUCGUCAUGGAAAUGAAUGGAUUGACCAUGCUGUAUUUAUAACGGAGGAAAAAAUCCUUUGUUCAUUUAAUAACGGUACAUUUAUGGUUGUGUCCCAUCUGAACGACGGUAAAACGUAUGAAGUUAGAGAUGCCCACAAUGCUCCGAUUAUAAUUGAUGGUAAUCUGUCUAGUCCGUACUACACGACUUAUGGUAUAGCCGAGAAAGAUCAAACUCUUUAUAUCAGAGAUAAACACUCAAAUAAUCUGGUAGCAUCAUUUACCUCAGACAUGAAGCUGCAUCAUCCACAAUUAGGAUCAGACGGUUGUUCUGUUAUAGCUGGAGUUCAAAUACCCUGCUGUGUCACGUCUUUACGGAUCAAACCAGGAAAAUUACAAACUUCAUCAUCAUCUUUGUCUUCAUCAUCAACACCAGUAGACACCAACACUGACAUCUGGUUUCACGUCGACGAUGAAUACAGCAAGGAAAUACCCAACCCAGAAUCAGACGAAGACUAGGACAUGGGUGGGAAAUGAUGGGAUGAAGAAUGGAAGAAAGUAAAAAUACGAGAUAUAUUGAUGAUCCGAAGAGUUAAAACAGAAGAUGUUGUCCGAAAAAUGCUUUGCUCUACUUUUAAAAUUGUUUUAUCAUAACAUAAAAAAAUAAGAAUUAACGGAACGGCCAAUUGUAUAUAUAUUUUAUUUAAAAUUUAUUUUUGUUUUUUUAGUUUUAUGUACAAUUUAUACUUUGCAUGUAUAUAUUCUUUAAAGCCUCGAUUCGUCAAGAUUCUCAUUUUUUAAAGCGUGGGUAAGACGCUAGCUUGCUAGCUUGAAGGUCGCGUGUUCGAUCCCUGCAUUGGCCGAGAAAGUUCAUCUGGAUUUUCCGAUGUGGUUUCCACCUGUCAGGCCGGAGGGAGGGUCUGACAAGGACAGCUGUCUAGUCGUUCGGAUAGGACGAAAAACCGAGGUCCCGUACAUACAUUGGUGUGCACGUAAAAGAUCCCUUGGCAGAAGGAAGUUGAUAUAAGAGUAGGCCAUAAUGUCGCUGCCCGGGCAAAAUUUCUCUCAUCGCACACUUUAAACAGCUUUAAACAGACUACAAAUAGCGCAAAAUAAUGCUGCACGUCUUAUAACUAAAACACGAAAAUUUGAUCAUAUAUCAGCUAAGUUACAUGAGAAACUCCAUUGGCUUCCAGUUCGAGCGAGGGUUCAAUUUAAAGCUCUUGUGAAUGUGUUUAAAUCAAUUUAUUCUGACACCGCACCCAGUUAUUUAAAAGAACUCUUUGAUUUCUAUACUCCCCGGCGAUCCAACCUUCCAUCAAGUGAUCGUAGCAUAUUGAGGAUCCCCAAAUAUAAUAAUCGUUCUGGGGAAUAUGCUUUCUCCGUCAGAGCAGCUAAAAUGUGGAAUGAUCUUCCAAAAACUCUUAGAGAGUCCUCUUCCAUCCAGAGCUUUAAGACUAACUUAAAAACAUACUUAUUUCAAAAAUGUUUUUGAACUGUUUUGUUGUGAAUGCGCUUAGAAACACUCAUGUGUAAUGAAGCGCUAUAUAAAUCGAACAAUAAUAAUAAUAAUAACACUGUAUGAGGUAUGCCAGUCUUCAUUAGCCCAGUAUAGUAGCAGAACAGUAGGACGUUAAACCUCAUUUCAUUUCAAUUCAUUAUUUAAACUAUAGCAAUGUAUAUGAUGAAAUAAUAAAACCU